UCUGUGAGGCUGACUGCGUAACCCGAAAACCGUGUGACGGAUGCUGUGCAUUUAAAAUCAGAUUUUAUUUUUUUAAUUUUUGGGGGGAAUUUCUUACUUAUUACUGUUUUGUAUUUUGUAGGAAAGGGGGAACCUGUAUGUGCAAAUAAAGGGGAGGAACCGGGUGGACGCACGUGAAUCUCUCACUUUAUUCAAAGCCAGGAAAUUUAAAGGAAAGGAACGCGUUACCAGCAAGUGCGGCAAAUUGGACUUUCCACCAUCAGCAACCCUCCUCUCUCUCUCUCUCUCCUCUCUUUCGCCAUCCCUGCUCCUUCUCUGUAGGUCUCCUCACUUACUUCCAUCAUUCCUCCAACCUCCUAUGAUCCCAGAAUAGCCUCACGGCGGAGCUCUCUCUAAAUAUUAGUGAAGGUUUUGGAUUUCGGGGUGACUCUGGAGAUGGAUUAAAGGGACGGUGCACCGCAAAACUGGAGCAGCACGCACGACCACGCCGAGGGGGAAGGGGGCGACGGGAUUCGGUGAAUUCGCGGAGCCCCCGGGACAGAGGCUGUGACUGGUCCCAUCCCAAGAUGACAUCCCCCAAAAAUAAAGCCAAGAAGAAACCACCAAAAGACAGCAUGACACUGUUGCCGUGCUUUUAUUUUGUAGAGCUCCCCAUCGUCCUAUCCUCCUUGGUGUCCCUUUACUUCCUGGAGCUGACAGAUGUUUUGUCCCCGGCGAUGGUGGGCUUCCGUUGCCAUGACCGCGACCUCUCCAUGCCCUAUGUGGAGACAGGCGAUGAGCUCAUCCCUCUGUUGAUGCUGCUGAGUUUGGCCUUUGCUGGACCUGCAGCUUCUAUUAUGAUGGGGGAAGGCUUGAUGUACUGCAUGCAGUCCAAACUGAAGACUUGUCCAAAGUCAGAAGGCAGCAUAAAUGCUGGAGGCUGCAGCUUCAACUCCUUCCUACGCAGGACCGUGCGAUUCGUCGGUGUUCAUGUAUUCGGUCUCCUGGCAACAGCCCUGGUGACAGAUGUCAUCCAGUUAGCUACUGGCUACCACGCCCCUUUCUUCCUUACUGUCUGCCAGCCUAAUUACACGGCCCCAGGAGUGUCAUGUGACAACAAUGCCUACGUCACACAGGACAUCUGCAUGGGCAAAGACCAGUAUGCUAUUAUGUCAGCUCGGAAAACAUUCCCAUCCCAGCAUGCAACGCUCUCUGGCUUCGCUGCUGUAUAUAUCUCUAUGUAUUUCAACGCCAGCAUCAACAGCACUACUAAGCUGCUGAAGCCGAUGCUCGUCUUUGCUUUCUGCAUGGCAGCGGGCCUCGCUGGCCUGACGCAGAUAACUCAACACCGCAGUCACCCUAUAGACGUCUACGUGGGAUACGUGAUAGGAGCCGGCAUUGGAGUCUACUUGGCUGUGUACGCAGUGGGAAACUUCAAAGCCUCGGAAGAAGAUGCUCCGUCUUUACAGAGACUAGCUUCAGCACAGCAGAAGGAUGGCCUGAGGGUGUUGAGUCAGAGGAGCCAUGACUCCUUGUACAGGAAGACUCCCAGGGUGUCUGAAAGCAGGGAGGAGCUGGGGUUGGGAUCUGGAGCACGGAGUAAGGUGAGGAGGGAGAAGGCAUCCCUGGCCUCCCUCAAACGAGCAAGCGCUGAUGUGGAGCUUCUGGCGACCAGUCGUCCCAUGGGCAAGGAAACCAUGGUAACCUUCAGCAACACCUUGCCUCGAGUUGCAAACGGCAACAGCCCCAUCUCACCCUCAGAGGAGCCAGUCACCACCCAGCGUCACAUGACGUUCCACGUGCCCUUCGACCCACAAAGGUCUCGGCAGCUGGUGUCAGAGUGGAAGCAGCGCUCCAUGGAGCUCCGUAGCCAGAGCUCACGAGAUGAGGAAGAGGGAGGAGAUGGAGGAGGUGAAGGAGGCACAGCUGCAGGGGAAGGGGGCGACCAACAAAUGCCGUCUUCCCUUUAUCCCACAGUGCAAGCCAAUACCACCACACCGACUGGAGCCAGGAUGGUGGUGGCACCCCCACUUGUUCACAUCCCUGAGGAGGCCUCUCGCCCACCUCCUGUUUCCCCUAAGAGUGCCAAGACACGGGCAAAGUGGUUGUCACUCACAGAGGGAGGAGGACUAAAAGAGCCUGGAACAGGGCCCAUUGCCGUGUCGACUCCCCGUGUGCCCAACACGCAGCCCAACCAGCCUCCCAGCCAGCAAAGAGUCACACAGGUCGUAGCCAUGUCAAAGCAGCAGGGCCAAGGACCUACUACUCCUUCCACUAAGACAUCAGAAGGCGGCUCCUCCUCUGGUCCUGGCUCCAACUGCUCAGAGUCGCCAUACUACCGAAUACCAUCUGAUCGAGACAGCUGCACUGGGAGCAACCCAGGGAGCAUCGCUGGCAGCGGGAGCAUUGUCACAAUCGACGCUCAUGCCCCUCACCACCCGGUGGUGCGUGUGUCGGCCGCUAAUGGCAAGCCGUGGGAAUGGAGAAACACCAUCAGUGGCAACAUGAUGGCCGCUGACCCGACGGGUGACAAACACCGUGCCGCGCUGCAGCGACAAGACAAUGUCAGUCAUUACCGGGACUACAGGACACUCCCAGUGAAAUCAGACUCCCUGUGCUCCUCCUCGGUCAGCUGCAGUGCCGAAGGAGGAGCUGAUCUGCCUCCCCCACCUUUUCCCACCUCCUCAUCCCCUCUUCCGCCCCCACCUCAGCUGUCCUCAUCCCCUAUCCCACCACCGCUCCCGCAACCAUCUUCCUCGCCCUUGCCUCCCCCUCCACCACCAAGCUCCUCCCCAAUGCCUCUACCUCCCAUUCACCCCACCUCCUCUCAUAUGCCUCCACCUCCUCACCCAUCCUCUCAGAUGUCUCCACCACCCCUCCCAUCUUCCUCUCAAAUGCCUCCCCCUCCUCACCCCUCUUCUUCCCAAAUGCCUCCACCUCCACACCCAUCCUCUUCGCCCUUGCCUCCUCCACCGCAUCCCUCCUCCAUGCCUCUACCUCCUCACCAGUCUUGCUCCAGCAUGCUUCCUCCACCUCCCCACCCUGACUUACUGAUAGAUGGCCACAACCAGUUAUUGUCCCGCACUUCCACCCUGCCCCGUCGGCCGUCUGUGUCCGCCCGAAGCCAUGCUGAGCAGGAGCACUACUACAAGGCCAUGCAGAACGAGAGGAUGUUAUAGUGAAGCGUGAAGACAAGAGACACCAUUGUAAAAUCACAGAUUGUACUAGAGAAGGGAGGACUCUUCUCAAAGAGACACUGAAGAAAAGUAGGCAGCGAUAGGUGAACAGAGUUUUGUGACUUUUGAGAAAUGAUAAAGUGGUUUAGAGAUCCUGGAUAUGGGAUUGAGGACUAGGUGAAAGUCUGGCAGAAUACAAACUCAGCAGGGGGAAUCUUUUUUUUCCACCUCCUGCAUACACAAACUACCCACAGUGUUAGCUCAGCAGCCCUCACUGAGAAAAGAACAGACAAGAAAAGAAACGGAUGUUAAAUAGAGCAGGGAGAAAAAUUAAAAGCCCCAGUUUACCUCUGGUUUCAGCACGCACAUCCUCUGUGUUUCAAAGGAGUCGAAGAGGCUGCAGCUGAAAGAGCUAAAUGAAUGGAUUGGGAUUUGCUAAAUCAAGUUUCCCUUGAGAUGGGGAUGAGACUCAGAAAACAAAACAACUACAGGCAGUACUAGCUUUUCUUGAAGUUGAAUAACUGUUUGAGAAUUUGCUCUUGUUACUAGCUAUAAAAAUCAUCCUUCAAGGCAUUCAAAAGCUAUAAGGAUGCCGUAAAGUCAAGUUCAACCACAGGUUUAAGAGUACUUGCCAAUAGCAACAACUGACAAAACCACAAAUUCUUAUACCUCCAAAUAAACAAACCACAUAACAAAUUCUUACAUUUGAGAUCAGGCAGAUGCGUUUGCAUUUACCAGAAGAAGCAGAUUUAGGAAACAUUGCUUCUGGAAGGUAAGCAAGAAGGAGGAGAUAGGAUGAUUGGAUGUGGGGAGGAUCGUGCACAGUUGGGCACCCCUAUACAGAUGUCACUGAAUGGAUUACUGUAGCAAACAUGAGAGGCAGUCAAGUGGAAAGAGAAUUAUUCCUAACAUGAAGAAUGUGGCUGCACACAGCACAGCAAGCCAGACAGACGGUCUGUCUUUUCUGUGCACGAAACCUUCCACGGAACGGAGUUUGAAGCCGCGCUAAAGGAGAUUAACGUGUUUAUCAAACCAUGCUAGUACACUCUUUGUAUUUGGCCCUCUUGCAAAUCGUAAUAGUAAAGGGAAUGUUAAUGGAAAGCUGCCCAGCCAGUAGUGUUGCCCACCGUAACCUUGGAACAAAGUGGCUUCAGUAGGUACCAGUUGGAUGGGCAAGCUGGCUUUAUAGCUCAGUAAAAAAACAUCCUUAUGAGUAGAUUUUAAGUUUUCAGGUCUUUAAGGUGUCUUUUCACUAGUAUUUUGGCUUUCACUUUGCUUCUAAUUUAUCAGGAAAAACCAAACAGAAAGACCCAAAUCAUUCUAUUCAUAAAUUACUAAUACCUGCAAGUUCAGACUUCACCUGUCCAUUAUCUAUACCAUUUUUUUCUUUGCAGUUUUAAGAGAUUAUCAACUAUACCUUUUUACAAUACGAGGCUAAAUUAUUCUAUUUUAUAUUUAAAAACUUCCCAGUUUAAAAAAAACAGCCAACCAGCACUAUGAUAAGCUAGGAUUUCUUUGAAAUAAAUGUUGGUAAAACAAUCUUAACUCAAAAAUUCACUUCCUCUAGCCUUUUCAUCAGCAAAUGUAAUUUUCUAC